UUGAACGAUCUUAACAAGUUAGAUGCAGGCGUCAUAAAGAUGUUGAAGUUGUGGCUCGGGCUCGCCCUAACGGCUGAUUCAUCGGCGUUAUUUAGGGGAAGCAAUAGUUUUGGGAUGAGUCUAAAAAGGCCAUCGGAGCUCUAUAAACACCUAAGAGUUUCCAAGAGAUAUAUCCUGGGGAAAUCCCAUGAUGACAUAGUGACAUCGCUCCCAAAAGAUGAAGAUGCCCCCGAAAUGAUAAAUAUAAGAUCCAUGCAAUGA